AUUGCGUUAUUCGCAGUUUUGCACCUGACCUGCCGUGGCCCUGACUGGUGCAGUUUUGGUGACCUACAGAACUUACAGUCUUUCAAUGAAAACAAGACAAUAAGCUACACUACUUUUACUCCAAGCAUUUCUUCAAAAAAUCAUGGCUUUUGUUAGUCUUCUUCGUUCAUCUGCCUGCCGUGGCAUGGCUGGUCAAGUUCAGGUUCUUUCGAAUGCCUCAAGAUUGAGCGCUGGAUCAUCAUCAUCUCUCAUUCUUUUGAAGUCAGCCGUCAAACCCCAGGCAGGGCUAUCUGGUGUCAGCCGCCAACAACUUGGUCGCACCAAUCAGGUUCAAUUUUUCUCUGUCAGCCCAAAGAGCUACAGUGCCGGAGCAGGACACAGCCACUCCAACUUGUGGACAAUUGAACGAGCUCUUAGCGCAGCUUUAAUUGUCAUUAUUCCUGCAGCCCUGGCAUCUCCAAACAAGUUACUGGACACAAUUGCAGCAGUUUCUUUGGUGAUGCACUGCCACUGGGGUGUUGAAGCCAAUGUUGUUGAUUAUAUUCGACCGAUCAUCUUUGGCAAAACCAUACCAAAAAUUGCGUUGGCUGGUGUUUAUGUUUUGUCUAUUGUGACCAUGGCAGGUCUUCUCCAACUUAUCUAUAAUGAUAUAGGCUUUGCUAACACUGUCAAGAAAAUCUGGAGGAUGUAAUUCUAAUUGUGGUUUUAGCACUUAUGUAAUGCGUAUUUAUUGCUGUUUCUGUGUUAAGGUGCCCUCAUUUCACAAGCAUUUGUGGUUUUAAGUGAAUGCUGUAUGAACCUAAAGACCACAUCUCUCAUAUGUUUUCAAUCCAUUUUACGGAAUCUAAUGUUAUCAUAACAACCAUUAUUUAUUUUAAUUAAUGUGUGAGUGCUGAUGAACUAUUUAAAUUGUUGGAAGUACUGUACUUUAAAUUAUUUCGCUGUCAUCCAUGUUGUGUUCCUCUGUACUUAGCAAUAAAUUGAGCUGUUUUGUGCCCGUAUUAAAAUCUGUUGAGUUA